AUGAAGGCAAACGAAGGCGUCGUCAUUACCGGACAGAAAGUGACGCUGGUCCCGUACGAAAAGGAGCAUGUUCCCAAAUACCAUAAUUGGAUGCUGGAUCCGUGGCUGCAAGAAAUGACAGCAUCCGAGCCAUUGUCGAUAGAAGAAGAAUUUGAGAUGCAGAAGACUUGGAGAGAGGAUGCCAAGAAGUGUACAUUUAUCGUUUUAGCAAAAGCAGCGGAUGACAGCAAUUCUGAAGUGUCAUAUAUCGACGAAGGCGCGAUUGAUCGCAUGGCUGGAGACGUAAAUCUGUUCUUUAAUGACUAUGACGACCCAAAUGCUUGCGAAAUCGAAAUCAUGAUAGCCGAGGAUAGGUAUCGUCGCAAGGGCUUUGCGGAAGAGGCGGUGAAGCUCAUGAUGACAUAUGCUACGUCAACUCUCAACGUCACCCGAUUCGUCUGCAAGAUCAUCGAGACAAAUUUCGCCUCACUUCAGCUCUUUAAAAAGCUGGGAUACGUAAACUACAAUUAUGUCGCUGCUUUCAAUCAGAUAGAAAUGGAAUUUAUCACACAGAGAAAGCUGAUCGAGUGA